AUGGAUAGUACUGAGACCAUCAAAAAGUGUUAUGUCCUGGUCUCCUAUGUAGGAUCUCAGUUUGAUGUGGAAGGUAGCUAAUUUUAAACUUCUUUUACGUUAUAUUUGUCGAGCUAAAGUGAAAGUACCAGUCAGUGGGUAGAUUUUGGGAGGCAAAUUAAGAGGCUGAAUUUGUAAUUAAACAUUAUAUUCUUUCUUGUGGAUACAAGAGGCUGAAAUUGAUUGCAUGGAUAAUGAAGAUGCAUUGAGUAACAGAAUUAUUAUUAGCCUUUGGUGAGAACUAUCGGUGUAAUGGCAAGUGGCAUUACUUCUUGCUACUGAAGCCGUGUUGGUUGAGGCCAUUUCUAUGCAGAAAUAUCUUAGUGUUUUCUUUUUCUAUUCUAGUGUUACGCUAGUUUGUGGGAGGUCUGAUCACACGAAAGAUAUGGAGUUGGAGUGCCGCAUUUUUCAGCCCACGAUGUCUCCUGUGACACUAAUUACUGGAGACAUCAUUACAGGCAAGUGAAUUAGUUACCUUGUAGAAAAGAAAUUUUAUGGCCUGCCAAAUUAAAUUGCUAUUCCUCUUUUGAUGGAUAGGUAAUGUCAGUAAUGUUCAUUAGUAUGUUUGAAGCAUGGAAAUAUUGGCAAGCAACUGAGAAAGGUACUAAUCAGUGAUAUAUUUUGUAGGAGGUCAUGCAGAUAUGCUCUGUAAAAUUGAAUGGGCAGUGACAGAAGGUUGUCUUGCAGCACAAGCUGUGUGUGAGCAAAGG